AUGAAUGAACAAAAUAGCAGGGUUUGUCCGGUUUUAUGCUUGUCCUAUAGAAAGUGGCUGUUCACUUGGAUAAUUGUUACGAACAAGGUAGUGCAAGUCUAUAAAAGUUCAGCUGGUUGGACCGGCGAAAGUCGUCCACCGUGUAUAAAUAAUACCAGAGCACCAUUGACUUGGAUUCAGUGCAUCUUAAUCUAUCGUCGCGACUGGAAACGUCUCAUCAUGGGACGUCUGGAACAAAGCAUAGUGGCGUUAGCCUGCCUUUCGAUGGUCCUAACGUGUUCAGCCACUCGUCGAGAGGACCUCGAGAGGGCUGCCGAGCUCGCGGUGGAAAAGGCAGCCGAGAGGGCUGCAGAAAGAGCAGUUGAGAAGGCACUGGAAAGCGGAAACACCACCACGGAAACGAAAACCAUUCGGGAAUCACACUCUACAGUGAGGAAGGCUCCCUAUCGCGAGGACUUUUCGUACAACGACAAGUUCGACAAAUUCAGUCGCUCAUCUUCGAUAGAGGACGAAAGUGAUCAAGAAGACGACACGGAGGAUUGGAGCAAAUAUCCUUAUAGAAGCCUCAGAUCAAGACGGUUCAGAGGAUGGUUAAGUAGAAUCGACGACGAAUGGAGAAGAUUUCCAAGAAGCGAAUCCUACCAGGAGAUUUCACCAUGGCAGAAGGCAAGAGUGAUAACCAUAGUGAAGAAGGUACCGGUACCAGUGACCGUCGAGAAGAAGGUACCGUACCCAGUGUACCAACACGUACCGUACGAGGUGAAGGUACCUGUACCUCAGCCGUACACUGUCGAGAAGAAAGUACCGUACCCCGUUAAAGUGUUCGUGAACGUACCGGUCGAAGUACCGGAACCGUACACCGUUGAGAAGAAGGUACCGUACGAAGUGAAGGUGGAGCGACCUGUACCUUACACAGUCGAAGUACCUGUACCUCAACCGUACACCGUGGAGAAAAAGAUACCGGUAGAGGUGAAGGUACCUGUACCACAACCGUACGCUGUCGAUAAAGCAGUGCCUUACGAGGUGAAAGUGCCGGUUAAAGUUCCUCAGCCCUACGAGGUGGAGAGCAAGGUACCAGUACCUGUCAAAGUAAUAGUAAACCGACCGUACUCGGUUCCUGUACCUAAACCAUAUCCCGUAGAGGUGGCGAAACCGUAUCCAGUGCCUGUCGAUAAACCGUAUAAUGUACCGAUUAAGGUACCCGUCGACGCACCGUAUCCAGUACCGGUAGAAAGGCCGGUACCGGUGCCGAUAAAGGUACCUGAACCUAAACCGUACACUGUUGAGAAGCCUGUCGAGGUGGAGGUGAAGAAACCUUACCAUGUACCGAUCAAAGUAGCAGUAGACAGACCUUACGAGGUAUACGUGACUAAGCCGGUGCCUGUACCGGUAGAGAAACCAUUUCCUUAUUGGGUACAGGUACCGGUACCUGUGAACCUUGACUGGAAAGGAGGUCACGGGUUCAAGGACAGGGAAGACUCGAGCUGGAAUCAGAAAUCUGAAAGGGGUUACAGACGAAAGGAGCCAGAUAGAUCGCGUAGACCGUCGAGGUACCUACAAUAG